UCUGAGGAUGCCGACGACAUUCUCCGACAGCUGGACGCUGAUGGAGAUGGAAUUGUCAGUUUUGAGGACUUCUGUCGAUCCUUUCACCAAAUAGUUCGCCGUCAGAGCUUUUUCCGCAGUCAGUGCACUGUGGGUUCACAGCCCUCGCUGCGCCGUCAUAAGAGUUCGGUGAGCCGAGGUCGGCAAGACACCAGCAACUCCCCCAACUCCGAUACACGUAGAACUGCCUACAAAAAGCAGGUGACUACUUCCCUCUCGCUAAGCUUUGACGGCGACGAAACUGCGGCCAAUGAGGCAGGCACUCAUGAUGGAGAAAAGGCCUACAUAUCUCCAGGACUUUCUACUGUGUUCAGACGGAUGAGGGCGAGGGAACGACAUCGAAAACUGCAGCGAACGGAAGGCUCAUUGAGACGUCGGAGUUCAGCAUCACUGACGGAUUUGCUGCAAAUUUCUUCUGAAUUCGACCGUCUAAAUUGUGGCAACGAAUUCAAGAUCCUUCACAAUUCCCUAUCAAACGGAGAAGACAACUUGAAACAUCUCUUCGAACGCAUUAUCUCGGCCGUACUGGCUGAAGUCUACCGGCUGAGGGAGGAGAACGCCCGUAUGGAAGAGUCCAUUGUAGAAGAACGCCGGCGGCAUCAAGAGGACAUAAGCCGGUUAGCAGUGGAACUGGACCAGCAAAUUGUUGCAGCGGAAAGUCUUGCGCGAGAGAAGGAGCGCGAAGAGGUACGCAAGGAAUUCAAGGCAGAUUUGAAAGCCAAAAACAUCGUCAUAUCUCGCCUUACAGGUGGACAUGGUGAAAACUUCUUCAAACUAUGA